CCCCUCCUGCUCCGCGCCCGUCCCAAUCACAUGCGUCCGCCUCGCCUGCCUUCUCUCCGCGCAACUGCUCGGUACUCCACCUCCCAAUCGCGACUCCGCCCGGCCGCCGCACGCUCGCCCGCCUCCACCUGCGUCGCAUCCACGCGCUUGGCCUCCGACUGCCCUCCGUCCGGAAGCCGCACGCUCGCCUCCUCUCUCGCCGAGCGCACCGGCCGCCGCCCCGCCGCGCUGCAGAUCCGAGCUCUCCGGCCGCCGCCCCGUCGCGGUCCAGCGCCAAUCUCCUCCGCGCCUCUCCAUCGGGGCGUGCCCCUCGGCUCUGCGACGGAUUCCACCGCGUCCGUCGUGCCCCUCGGAUUCCACCGCGGCCGCCGUGCGCCUCGGACCCGCGCGGCGUGCCUCUCCGCCGCGCCUCGCUCGCCGGAGACCCGUCUCACCCGCUUGCCGUGCCUUCUCUGCGCUGGAGCGGUUCCUAACCUACGAACUGCUCAGGCCGCGCCCCUCCUGCGGCUCACCGCGCGGCAGGAUCUGCUCCGGCUCGAGACCUUCGCCGUCGGCUCCACAUCAGUGUUGUUCUCCUCUCGAAAAGGACCACAGAAGCUCAGGUCCUUGCAGCCGGUGCUCCCAAACAGAGGCAGUCAGCUGAAUCGAGAUACAAAAGAUUUGCGAGGAUUUCAGUGGCCUUCUCGACCACCGUCAACGCCUGCAGGGAUCAAAUGCGCGGUGAUAGAGAAGAAUGUGGAGUUCACUCGGCACCCCCGAGCGCACUUCAUCAACAACCGCACAAUGGAGAUCUUCCGCAAGUUGGAUGGCUUGGCUGGGGACAUCGAGAGGUCCCAGCCCCCAGUGGAUUUGUGGAGGAAGUUCGUCUACUGUACUUCACUCUCCGGUUCCGUUCUCGGAUCGGUUGAUCACAUGAAGCCCGAAGAUUUUGACAAGGUCAUUAGUCCUAUAUCAGUUGCACACUUCUCACAGUACAAGUUAGUUGAUUUGUUACUCAAGAAGCUAGAAGCUAUUGGUUUCCAGACAUGCUUUCCCAGUGAGAUUGGUAUCUCAACACAGGAUGUGGAGCUGGAAAGCAAGAUAUUGAUGGGACAUGAGUGCACAUCCCUUCAGCAGACUGAUGAGGGCAUUUUGGUUGGAACAUCAGUUAACAAUGGGGAGAGGAUACUAGAGAGAAAACUACACUGUGGUAUUCUACUAGGGACAGAUGGUGCGAGAAGCACAGUGCGUGAAUUGGCAGGCAUAUCUAUGGAGGGUGAAAGGGACUUGCAGAAACUGGUCAGUGUACAUUUUCUUAGCAGAGAUCUAGGCAGAUAUUUAUCUAGUCAGAGGCCUGGGAUGCUAUUCUUUGUUUUCAAUCCAGGCGCAAUUGGUGUGCUCGUUGCACAUGACCUGGAGCAUGGGGAAUUCGUAUUGCAGAUUCCAUUUUAUCCUCCUCAGCAGAUGUUUGAAGAAUUCGGCUCUAAGGUAUGUGAGCAAAUUAUUGUCAAAUUAGUUGGAUGGGAGCCAGCAGAUGUUCAGGUUUUAGACAUAAAGCCAUGGGCGAUGCAUGCUGAAGUUGCAGAAAAGUACAUCAGCUGCAACAAUCGUGUAGUCCUUGCUGGUGAUGCUGCUCACCGUUUUCCUCCUGCCGGUGGUUUUGGAAUGAACACUGGUGUUCAGGAUGCACAUAAUUUGGCUUGGAAAUUGGGCUUAAUGCUGAAUGGUGUUGCUUCACCAUCAAUACUGCAAACUUAUGAAUCAGAGCGCCGACCUGUUGCAAUUUUCAAUACUGAACUAAGCGUGGAGAACUUCAAAGCAGCAAUGUCUAUUCCCGCAAGCCUUGGUCUUGAUCCAACUGUUGCAAACUCAGUGCAUCAAGUUAUCAACAGAAGCCUAGGAUCAAUCAUUCCAAGAAAUGUACAGAAGGCAGUGUUGGAAGGGUUGUUUUCCAUUGGUCGGGCACAAGUCUCAGAUUAUAUUCUGAACGAGAAAAAUCCCAUUGGGUCCUUGAGAUUAGCAAGGCUGAGAAGUAUUCUUGAUGAAGGAAAAAGUCUGCAGCUGCAGUUCCCUGCAGAGGAUCUUGGCUUCUGCUAUGAAGAAGGAGCACUAGUUACUGAAGAUUGCAGUCAGAAGACUCAGAAAGGAGUAAAACUAGAGCAUUCUGAGAGGACAUCAAGAGAGUACAUCCCAUCCGCUAAGGUUGGUUUGCGGCUACCUCACAUGCUUGUAAGAGCACUGCCUGCUUCAAGUGAGGUCUGUGAGGUGUGUUCUCAACAUUGGACCUGGUAAGUAUGGAUAAACUUGAGUUUGUACUCAUCAUCGCACCACUGAAAGAGUCAUAUGAGAUCGCCCGUGCUACCCUCAAGGUAGCAGAUGAGUUCAAGCUGUCAGUCAAAGUAUGUGUCAUGUGGCCUCAUGGCUCUGAUGACGUGGAAGUGGAGGAGAGCAGAUAUGUGCUAGCGCCCUGGACGAACUAUGUCAAUGUCGAGGAAUUGCCUAGGGUAUCUGGUAAUUCAUGGUGGGAGAUGUGUCGGAUUAGCAGGAAAAAUGUAAUUCUAGUUAGGCCUGAUGAGCACAUAGCAUGGAGAACGGAAUGGGACAUGGUGAGAGACGCUGAUUCUGAAGUUAGGGGAGUCUUUUCUCGAAUCCUGUGCCUCAAUGGUCACCACGUGUAGGGAUUUCCAUUCACUGCCUGAGUGAGUUUUACGGUGUCACUAAAUUAGUAUAGCAAAGAACCUGUUGUUGUGAUUAUAACCAAUAGGGAAUUGCAUUCAAGUAAAUGUUGCCAUGCACCUGGGACUGGGAUGAUGGUGAACACAUUUGAUCCCUAUUCAGCUUCUUUCUGGUGGAGUAGCA